AAAAACAAUUAUAAUUAUUGAAUUAAAGCAACAGUUAUAUUUAUAUCUAUUACCUCUUGCAAAAUAUUUGUAAAAAUUCCAGGAUAUAAUAAUAAAAAUCACUUCAAACUUCACAGCUGGUCUUUGCUCGUAGGACUAUUAAACCACUCAAAAAUAUUAUCAGUAACAACUUCUUAAAUGCCCUAUUCAUUCAGAAGUAAAAACUGUUAAUUUCAAUAAACAAUAAUCGCCUACUUUUUAUUGUAAAUUGCUGUAGUCCAUUUCCUAAAAAAAUUAUAAUAACUGGAACUCUAUUAUAUAACAGUCAUACCAGUUACUUUUCGUCCACCUCACCUCUAAUCUCAAACGAAUAGAAAACGUUUAACGUGUUUUUUUUUGAGGUUAUAAAAUAAACUAAGCUAAAAUAUUAAAUGAAACAAUUUUAACUCAUGAAAAUGUUAUAUAUUAUGUUCGAAAACCAUUGCUCUAACAUCUGAUUAAUCCAAGUAUUUUGUUUAAUUGGAUUAACUUGCAAUUUAUUUUUCUACCGGUAUUUCGUUGUUGAAACAAUGCAGGAAGAUUUCGAUUGUGUUAAACGAAAAAUAAUACAAAUUGACCAACUUUUCCAAGAGUACCUGAAGAAAUGCAACAAAUUAAAAAGCCUCGUUAAAACAACAAAUUUGCUCUCACAAGACAGAGAACGAUUAGUAUUAGAAAACAACCAUCAAAAAUUUACGCUGGAGACGUUGCAAAAAAGCUACGAUGAAUUGGAAAUCAAGCAUCAAGAUAUGACCGCACAAUUAUCCAAUUUAGAGCAAAAAUACAAUCAGACUUUAACAGAUUCGCAGAGUCACACAAGAGACUUGGAGGACGAGUUAAGGAUGCUUAAAGAACUUACGGAAGCUUCGAAAAGCCCAUCCCCAAAGAAAAUCAAUCAAAACCUAGAUAAGAAUAUCGCUAAAAACUCUGAAGACGAAUUAAUGGACUGUAAAAUGAAUACGAAACAGAAGAAAAAUGCGUAUACGAAAGAAAUUACACAAUUGAAAGUUCAGUUAAACGAUUUAAACGAGUUAGUUAGUACUUUAAGGGCUGAAAAAGAAGAAUUUUUACAUGAAAUACCAAAGUUGCGAAAUCAAAUAAAAAUUGCCGAACAAUCCUGUCGGAAUAAAGAUAACGAAAUAAAAACACUAAGAAUGAAUGUAUUCGAUUGUAAUAACCACAUGAAAAAUCUCAAGCAAACCAAUGAAGAGUUACAAAACGUUAUAAACAAACAAAAAGCAAUUGCUCGAUUAAAAUCAACAAUUUCUAUUUCUACACAAACAGAUGACACAAUCCAUCCGAAUCCUGAUUUGGAUCUCGAUGAGAAAGUAAAAAAUAUACUUCGAGAAAUGCUUAAUCAUCCACCUCUUUUGACGCCUUUCAGAACAGAUUCACCAAAAAUUGUACUGAAUAACAAGGAACCUGUUGCAGAUAAGUCAAUUCAAAUAGAAGAUACAUGUGAUGUUAAUAUUCAAAGGGAUACAUGUAAUAUUAAUAUUCAAAGAGACAAUACAUGUGAUGCUAAUAUUCAAAGGGAAGAUACAUGUGAAGUUAAUAUUCAAAGGGAAGAUACAUGUGCUGUUAAUAUUCAACAGCAAGAUGCAUGUGAUGUUAAUAUUCAAACAGAAGAUACGUGUGAUGUUAAUAUUCAAAGGGAUACAUGUAAUAUUAAUAUUCAAAGAGACAAUACAUGUGAUGUUAAUUUGCAAAGGGAAGAUGCAUGUGAUGUUAAUAAUCAAAGGGAAGAUACAUGUGAUGUUAAUAAUCAAAGGGAAGAUACAUGUGAUGUUAAUAUUCAAACAGAAGAUACAUGUGAUGUUAAUAUUACAUGUGAUGUUACUAUUCAAACAGAAGAUACAUUUGAUGUUAAUAUUCAAAGGGACGAUGCAUGUGAUAUUAAUGAAAGCUUGCCCUUACCUCCUAUUCAAAAGACCGUUAUCAAAAAGAAACAAUUAAAGAGAAGAAUACUCAAACCCAAACGUCGGGAUACUUUAUUAGAAGCACUAAAGGUUUUGCAGAAAUCCAAAAUUAACUUUAGUAUUUGCGACAGUAACAGUAAACUCCAUAUUGAACAAACAAAUUGUGAUAGAAUAGGAGGUAAAUUAUCAACUGUACCGAACGAGUCGAACCGAGAGACAAUAAAAAACAACGUUUUGGAUAAAAUAACUGAUUUAGUAUUCGAAAAAUUGAACAGAAGCACCAGGAGUAAUUCCCCAUAUGCUUCACAAUUCGAAACCAACAAAGACGUGAUUGCAGCGAAUGCUCUAUUAAUGAAGAAAAUAAGAGAUUCCGCUAUGUUGGGAAACAAAUUUUGGACUGAUUCCGAUGUUUCUUCGAUUAUUUCUUCACCAACGUGUCCAAAUCAGUUGAGUCAAGCCAGUUCUGUUACUGAAACAUUGUCACAACACAACGAAUUUAUUUUGAACCACCCGUUUAGUCCUUCUUCAGUGAAUUCUACAGAGUGUACCGAAGAUCAUUUCCAUGAAAAUACCAGCCAGGAUGUCAAAAAAUUCAACAAAAAUCCAAACAUUAAUAUUUUGGCAGUAGAUAUCAUACCAAGUAGCAUAAAGCAAAAUAGAGCUAAAAAGGAUUCAAAAAUAUUGGGCUGUGAUAACAAAUUAAAAAUUGUUGAAUCUAACAAUAAGAAAGACAAUUUAUUAGAUUCAUCUAUUACAUUUCAAUCUGAUAACAGUUACAUAAAUGAUAUGUUAACCAAUGAAACUGUUUUAGAAGAACAAAUUGAUCUGCUACAUUCUAAUAUUUUCGAUUCUAGUAAGAAUACUAAUGACAUAACAACAAACGUCGAAGAAGGUAGUAUGAAUGAAAGUUUGGUGGAUAAUUAUAACAAGAAUGAAUCACUUCAAUCAAGCAGUGACGAAAUAUUGGAAGAAAACUUACUUGGAUAUGAUACUAAGCAAAACAAAUGGGUAUCUGAAAUCAAAAGAGAUCCCAAACAAAAAUUCUCAAGGGACACUUCCACUGUUAAAUGCAUAAACUUGGAUCAAUCUCCAGCUAGAAAAAAGACGAGUUCGCCUAAAAAGAAUCAAGCAGAAGACAACAUAGAACCAUCAAAUUCUAGUGCAAGCAAAUUCAAAAAGCGUAAACCAAAAACCAUCAGUAAAUUAAAAUCGCAAAUAAUACGGCAAAUGAGAGCAAAACGAAGAAUGUUCCAGUUGCAACCCCCUAGUAUUAGUACCGGCUGUGAUGAUAGUUUUUUAGAUAAACAAACCUCACUUAGUAAUAAGGAAACCGAAUUGAAUAGAGUUGAAGAUGUUCCCGGAGAUGGGGAAUUACGAGAAGAAUCCGUUCGUAUCGAACCAACUACUGAAUCGCAGGAACCCGGAACACAGCAAGAAGGAAGCAACGAUAAGAGAUUAGCAUCAAGAAGAACAAGAUCCAGUACUUUGAGUGAGUCGAAUUCGAGCUGUGAUGUUCUGUCUCAAAUUAUGGGCGAAAUGGAUAAAACUCUACCGCCCGUAUAUUGUUCCAUAGCAAAAUCAGUUAAAGAAAAUAGUAGAAGUACUAAAAGAAGAAUAACAAUGCCUGAAUUUAAACCUUAUAAAAAGGGAAUCACCAAGCGGAAAAGUGCAAAGAAACGCAAAAAAUGUAGAAAUAAAAAGGCGCGAAUGAAAUUAACUGGAAAUAAAGAAGAGCCUGUUUAAAGACAAAAGUGAAUUUGUCAACCAAAUAGAAGAAAUAAUCGAAAGGCUGUUGUGGUACUUGCAUGAACUGUUGGAUAAAAUAUGUUUUUUUUUGUUUUUAAUUCGAGAAUUAUACUCAGUGUGAUUUUGUG